AUGGCCGACUGGAUUUGCCGAACGCUGCGAGACGGCGGUUUAGAGGGGGAGCACGCCCCCGCUCUCACAAUCAACGACACAAUCAGCUGUCCCUUAGGCUCCUUCGUUUUCGAUCACAUCCUCUCCGAUCUGUCCUCAUUCAUUUCCUCCCACAAAUCAAAUAUCAAUGGUAUUGUGCUGGUUGCUUUUUUUCGGAGUCCGGUGUAUUAUGAACAGCUGCUGAAGAGCAAGGGUGAUGAUGCCCUUUCUUCAAGAACCUGGUUUAAGGUUCUUGAUUGCUUUACAGACCCAGUUGGUUGGAAAAGCAAGCUCGUGGAGACUGGGAAAAUCAGGAAUCCCUCUUCUGGAUCUUCCGUAGCAGUUAACUUAUGUAAGAAUGUUCAGGACAUGGAUGAGUUACUUUCAUCAAUUCUUGACCUUGGUAAAGAAUUAUCUGUACAUGGGAAGAGACGUUUUGUGGUUGCCAUAGACUCGGUAACUGAGAUGCUGAGACAUACGUCUGUUGUGCAAGUUGCUAAGCUUUUAAGCAACCUCCGUAGUCACGACGAAGUCUCUAGCUUGUUUUGGUUAUUAAAUUCGGAUCUGCACGAGAGCCGGACUGUGGCAGCUCUUGAGUAUCUGUCCUCUAUGAAGGCUACUACACAACAAAUGGUUCGGCUAGUUGAUGGACAUAAAGGGAACUCUCAGAAUAUUUCUACAAUGGAACAUGAUUUGAGAAAAGGAAAGUUGUCUGUUCACGUGAAACGUAGAAAUGGGCGAGUUCGGAUGAUGUUCGAAGAGCUUUCUGUCGAGAAUUCCAGCAUCAAGUUCACUUCUAUUUCCUCUGAAGACGAAAUAACUGCUCAGAGCCUUGUUCCCAAGGUCCAGUUCAGUCUACAGUUGUCUGAAAAGGAGAGAAAUGAUCGGGCAAAAGUUGUUCUACCGUUUGAGCACCAGGGAGGAGAUGGCAGAAGCAUUCAAAUCUACGAUGGCCGAAAAUCUCGCAAUAGCGAUAAAGACGACAGUCAGCCCACUUCUCAUAAAAACUCGAACACUAGCAGGGGUGAAAUUGUCUAUUUCCGUGAUUCAGAUGAUGAUAUGCCUGAUUCUGAUGAGGACCCUGAUGAUGAUUUGGACAUUUGA